UACCAACUUGGAUCAUGCCUUUAACCUGUUCGAUGAAAUGAUCCAGAGAAAACCCCUGCCAUCUGUUGUUAAGUUUACUCAGUUGUUAAAUGCUGUUUCCAAAAUGAAACAUUUUUCUUCUUGUCUCCAUCUUUUCAAACAAAUGUGUCUCAUUGGAGUGCCUGUUAACGAGUACUCUAUGAGUAUUGCCAUCAAGUGUUGUUCUCAGAUGUCCGACUUUGCACUCCUGGGCUGUUGCUUCAGGCGAGCUGUUGUACCCGAUGUCUUCACAUUUAGUACACUCUUAGAUGGACUCAUUCGUGAAGAUAGGAUUAUCGAGGCAGAGAGGCUGUUCAAGAAGCUCAUCAAGCACAAACUCUGUGAACCUAAUGUAGUUAUAUAUUCCACUAUGAUUAAAGGGCUUUGCAAGGUUGGGAAUAAUGAUAUUGCUGUUGGUUUGCUUAGGCUCAUGGAUGAAAGAGGCUGCAAGCCUAAUGUAUUGGUUCAGUUCUAUAAUGUUGUUGUAUAUAGCACCAUCAUUGAUAGUCUCUGCAAGGACAAACUGAUAGAUGAUGCUUUCAAGCUUUUCAAUGAAAUGGUAUUUCACAAAGGCAUUCCACCAAAUGUCAUCACAUACAGCUCUUUGAUUCACGGUCUUUGUAACUUAUGUCGUUGGGACGAGGUCUCUAAGCUGCUAAAAGAAAUGGAGGAUCUAAGGAUCUCUCCUAGUUUGCGAACCUUUAACAUAUUAGCUGAUGCAUUUUGCAAGGAAGGUAUGGUGGAUGAAGCGAGGGCUGUUAUAGACAUCAUGGUUGAGAGAGGUGAGGUUCCUGACAUAGUGACAUACAGUUCACUGAUAGAUGGAUACUGUCUGCGAGGUGAAAUGACCAAAGCAAGGGCGCUUUUUGAUUCACUUACUUCUAAAGGUCUCGUCCCAAAUGUUGUUACUUAUAGCAGUUUAUUGAAUGGGUAUUGCAAGAGUUUCAAAGUAGAAGAGGCCAUGCAUUUGUUUCAUGAGAUAACAAGAAAAGGUUUGAAACCUAGUUUCAUCACUUACAACACCAUGUUACAGGGAUUGUUUAGGGUCGGACGUUGUGGAGAGAUACCAGAUGAAUGCACCUAUAGAAUAAUAUUAGACGGUCUUUGCAACAACCAUCAAGUUGAAGAUGUGCUCUCUUUGUUUCAUUUGGUGGGUGAUAGCAAGCUAAACUCUGACAUUCAAGUGUACACUGUUCUUAUUGAUGGUAUGAGCAAAUGUGGGAAGCUUGAUAUUGCAAUGGAUCUUUUCCAAGACCUAACUCUAAAAGGUUUGCAGCCUAAUGUUCGGACAUAUACCGUGAUGGUUGGUGGCUUGUGUGGGGAAGGUUUACUAAAGGAAGCAAAGCACUUGUUUCGUAAAAUGGAUGAGACUGGCUGCCCACCAAAUAGUGUUACUUACAAUGUUCUUCUCCAAGGAUAUCUUAAGAACCAGAAUUACGAUGAUGUUGAGAUGCUUUUACAGGAAAUGGAUGGAAGAAGUUACUCACUUGAUGCUUCAACUUUAUCGAUGUUGAUUGAUGAAAUCGCAGCUGGUUCAGUAGAUAGAAGUAUGCUUAAAUUGAUAGGUAAGCUUGUCCCAAAAGAAAUGAUGGAUACUACUGCCUAG